AUGCCCCCCAAGUCUCUGUGCAACCUCUCCCAGCCCGCGGGCGCGAAUCAGAGCGGCUUCGUUCCCGGGGUGUCCGAGAGGGACUUGCUGGCCGCCGCCGACGGGGCGAGCGCCAAGUUCGCGAUCCGCUGCGCGAUCCCGUCUCUCUACCUGCUCAUCAUCACGGUGGGCUUGCUAGGCAACAUCAUGCUGGUGAAGAUCUUCAUCACCAACAGCGCCAUGAGGAGCGCCCCCAACAUCUUCAUCUCUAACCUGGCCGCCGGGGACUUGCUGCUGCUGCUCACCUGCGUCCUGGUGGACGCCUCCCGCUACUUCUUUGACGAGUGGAUGUUCGGGAAGGUGGGGUGCAAACUGAUCCCGGUCUUCCAGCUCACCUCGGUGGGGGUUUCCGUGUUCACACUCACCGCCCUCAGCGCCGACAGGUACAGAGCCAUCGUCAACCCCAUGGACAUCCAGAUGUCUGGGGCGUUGCUGUGGACCUGCGUGAAGGCGGUGGGGAUCUGGGUGGUCUCUGUGCUGCUGGCGCUUCCAGAAGCCGUGUUUUCGGAAGUGACGCGCAUUGAGAGCGUUGAAAAUGGCAGCUUCACGGCGUGUGUACCCUACCCUCAGACGGAUGAAUUACACCCAAAGAUUCAUUCAGUGCUCAUCUUCUUGGUCUACUUCCUUAUACCACUUGCUAUUAUUAGCGUUUAUUAUUAUCAUAUUGCAAAGACCUUAAUUAAAAGUGCACAUAAUCUUCCUGGAGAAUACAACGAACAUACCAAAAAACAGAUGGAAACACGGAAACGCCUGGCUAAAAUUGUGCUGGUCUUUGUGGGCUGCUUUGUCUUCUGUUGGUUUCCAAAUCACAUUCUCUACAUGUAUAGGUCUUUCAACUAUAACGAGAUUGACUCAUCUCUAGGCCAUAUGAUUGUCACCUUAGUUGCCCGAGUUCUGAGCUUUUGCAAUUCUUGUGUCAAUCCAUUUGCUCUCUAUCUACUCAGUGAAAGCUUCAGGAGGCAUUUCAAUAGCCAGCUGUGUUGUGGGAGGAAGUCCCAUCAAGAGAGAUCACCCAGCUACCUUCUCAGCUCUUCUGCAGUGCGUAUGACAUCUCUGAAAAGCAAUGCUAAGAAUGUGGUAACCAAUUCUGUUUUACUAAAUGGGCACAGCAUGAAGCAGGAAAUGGCACUGUGA